AUGAACAACAUUGUUAUGUCUGCAGUUGAACUUAUUUAUUGUUAUGUUGAAUGCUUGACUCUGCAUGGAAAAGAUUCAGGAGUUCAUAGUGUAGCACCUGCUGUUGAAUUACUCAAGAAGCUUCUUUUUUCGUCCGAUGAAGCUGUUCAGACUGCUAGCAGUUUGGCCAUAUCUUCGAGAUUGCUCCAGGUCCCUUUUCCAAAGCAGACAUUGUUAGCUCCAGAUGAUGGUGUUGAGAGUGUAGUUCCAGUUUCAGGCUCAGCUGACACAAGUACUAGAAAUAACCAAGUCAUGGUUGAAGAAGACACUAUCACUUCAUCUGUUCAAUAUUGUUGUGAUGGUUGUUCUACUGUACCUAUACUUAGGCGAAGAGGUCAUCCUAUGACAGCAAUUCCAAUUGAAGUGGACUCAGUGGGAGAUGGCAAUGAAUUUCACUUCACACCUGAUGAUGUUAGUGACUCACUGCCUGUACCGGCUGAUAGCAACAUGCAGAGUUCUUCUCCCUCAAUUCAUGUCUUGGAGCCCAAUGAUUCUGGAGAGUUUGUUGCUGCAUUGACUGAUCCAGUCUAA